AUGACAAAACCAAGUAUUGCUAAACGAAUGAAAAAUUUAUUAUUUUGUGGUAUUUAUCAAGGAACAAAAGAUACUUCAUCAAGAUCAAACUCAAUAAAAUCAAUGGCUAAUGAUGAAUCAGUUGAAUGGUAUACAGCUGAAUGUGGUACAUCACAAUUUACAUUACCUAAACGAUAUCAAGAAUUAAGUCCUAUUGGACAAGGUGCAUUUGGUGCUGUCAUUCGUGCUGUUGAUACAGUAACUGGUAAAGAUGUUGCUAUUAAAAAAAUGCUUCGACCAUUUCAAAGUGAAACACAUGCUAAACGUACAUAUAGAGAACUUAAAUUACUUAUGCAUCUUAAUCAUCGUGAUGCACAAGUUGUACAAUUAUAUAAUGUAUUUACACCGGAAAAAAAUGUUAAUGAUUUUCAAACAUUAUAUUUUGUACUUAAUUUUGUUGAUUAUGAUUUAAGUAAAGUAAUUAAACGUGGAAAACCAUUUACAGAAGAUCAUAUUAAAUUAUUAAUUUAUUCACUUCUUCGUGGUUUAAAAUUUAUUCAUUCAGCUGGUGUUAUUCAUCGUGAUUUAAAACCAACAAAUAUUGGAAUAAGUCAAAAUUCGGAUCUUACAAUUCUUGAUUUUGGUCUAGCUCGUGUUGCAACAAAUGGUCUUCAAACAGGUUAUGUUGCAACAAGAUGGUGGCGUGCACCUGAAGUAUUUAUUAAUUGGGAACGUUAUGAUGAAAAAGUCGAUAUAUGGUCUGUUGGUUGUAUAAUGGCUGAAUUAAUUCUUCUUAAACCACUUUUUGCUGGAACAGAUCAUAUUGAUCAAUUAACAAAAAUAUUUGAUAUUGUUGGUACACCUGAUUUAGCUACAUUAGAUGAAGUUUGUGAACCAUAUGCAAGAGAUUAUAUUCAUAAAUUACCACCAAAACAUAAACAAGAUUAUAAAAAAUUAUUUGGUUAUAAAUAUGAACCAGGAUCUCGUACACCAAUAUCUGGUAUAUCACCACAAGGUAUAGCAUUACUUGAUCGUCUUUUAUCAUUUGAUCAUCGUACACGUCCAACAGCACAAGAAGCUUUAUCUGAUCCAUAUUUUGAACAUUUACAUGAUCCAAUGGAAGAACCAUCAGCUGAAAUCUUAAUUGAUGAACAUCAAGAUGCAACAUAUUCAAUAGUAAAAUGGAAAUCUAUUUUAUGGAAAAUGAUGGAAGAUUUUCAACCACCACCAUGGGCUAGUGAAGAUGUUGACGAUGAUAUUUAA